CCAAAGCAGACUUUCUCUCUGCCUUUUUCUCCAAAACCCAACCGCUCGGCGCGCCGUGCAUGGCCCCACCUGCCAUGGACCUGGCGUUACCGCCAUGGACUGGGCGGGUCGUCCAGACGGGGCGCCCCACGUUUGGACACGAGAGUGUGGAGAUCCCAGCGCCGUGGCACACUCCGGGCGACGCGAACCGUGUGCGGCCCCGGCCGUGGCCUCUGUGGCCCCUGUGGCCUGCAGGCCUCGCCGCCGCCGCGACCCGCCGAAGGCGGCCGCGCGUGCUCAGAGCAGCCUCAGCAGCAAGUGCAGGCGCGCAGGCAGUACUGGUGAAGGAGGAGGAAGUGGAGAAGGACUCUGAGCCAGAGGCAUCAGAUUCGCGGCCAGAAAAGCCCGACGAGCAUCAGCUCAUCGUUUGGCUGGUGGCGGCUGCGUAUGUGAUUUGGCAGAUGGACAAGGUGAACAUGUCGGUGGCCAUCCUACCGAUGGCCUCGGACUUCUCCUGGGACAGUGGGGAGCAGGGCUUGAUCCAAAGCUCCAUUUUCUGGGGCUAUGCGGCAACACAAGUGGUUGGCGGCCUACUCUCCACCCGCUUCGGUGGCAAACGGGUCCUUCUCUUUGCGGUGACCUUAUGGUCUUGCGCUACCAUGCUGGCUCCCUUCGCGGCCUCACUGGGCACUGAGGCCUUCGUGCUCUCGCGCGCGCUCGUGGGCAUCGGCGAGGGCCUGGCGCCGGCCGCGGGCCUGCGAAUGGUGGCCACGUGGGUCCCGGAGGCGGAGCGCUCGCGGGCGGUGAGCACGCUGGGCGCGGGGAAGACCGGGGGUUCGAUCCUGGGACUGCUGCUGGCGCCGGUGGUGAUUGGCAGCUUGGGCUGGCAGUCCAUGUUCUAUACCUUUGGUGUGCUGGGGCUCUUCUGGGCGGCUGUAUGGCUCCUGAAGGGUGAGGAUAAGCCCGGCAGUGUGGGCGAAGGCACGGAGGAGAUCCCAUGGUGGCCGAUCUUAUCGACUCCGCAGCUCUGGGGCGUGGUGGUGGCGCACUUCUGCCACGACUUCGGCGGCUACGCGCUGCUGACCUGGACGCCCACCUAUUUGAACAAGGCCUUGGGGUACAACCUGGUCGGCAGCUCGGAGCUCACGGUGAUCCCCAGCGUCUGCGCCGUGGCCGUGGCCGCGGCGGCGGGCACGGCCGCCGACCAGCUGCACCAGGACGGGAUGGCGCUCACCACCGUGCGCAAGGUCUUCCAGUCGGUGGGCUUCUUCGUGCCCUGUUUGAUGCUGGGACUCUUGGCCUCGAUGCAGGAGAUCGAGCCGGGUUCUUUGAUGCCCAUCUUGUUGCUGACGGUCGGCAUCGCCUCAGGUGCCUGCUCCUACGCGGGUCUCUACUCCAGCCAUGCUGAUCUGAGUGCCAAGUACAGCGGCAUCGUGAAUGGCAUCUCUACGACCUUUGGUGCGUUGGCUGGGGUUUGCAGCAACGCCUAUGUUGGCUAUGCUUUGAAGGCCACGGAUAGCUGGGCGCUCUCGCUCUUCGUGCCGUCGAUUUGUUUGUAUCUGGUGGGCUGGGCAGUCUAUGUCUGGCUCUAUGACGCAACACCCAUCGACUGGGACCAGGUGAAGGAAGAAGCAGAGCCUUCGUGAGGGGCAAGCCGUUUCGACCCUUUGAACUGGUCAAGUCGCUUUUCAGCACACUCAUUCAUGACCUGUUUUGGAUGCCCUUCAGUAAGCCGAAAGGCCUGUUUCCCUCUUGACGAGUUCACGAAGCAGAGUCCAGCAGAGUGCUUUUGACACGCCUGAACUCACAGCCCUCACCUCGAUUUUCCAGCCGAAUCAGGUUGGCCCUCAACGACCAACGGAGUCCAUCAAGGGACUUCAACAUAGUUUUGUGUCGAAAAUAGAGAGACCUCCCAGGCAAUGACCCAGGCAAGGAAGAAGACACAUAGACCAGUCUAUGCAAUGAC